AUGUCCGGGAGGAACCUCCACCUCUCCACCACCGAACGCGUCAUCAAAGCUGUCCCCUUUCCUCCGACCCAGCGGCUUACUUUGAAGGAAGUGUUUGAGAAUGGGAAACCUAAAAUUGAUGUUUUGAAAAACCAUUUGGUGAAGGAAGGGCGACUGGAAGAGGAAGUAGCCUUAAAAAUAAUCAAUGAUGGGGCUGCCAUACUGAGACAAGAGAAGACUAUGAUAGAAGUAGAUGCUCCAAUCACGGUAUGUGGUGACAUUCAUGGACAGUUCUUUGACCUGAUGAAGUUGUUUGAAGUUGGAGGGUCACCUAGUAAUACACGCUACCUCUUUCUGGGUGACUACGUGGACAGAGGCUAUUUCAGUAUAGAGUGUGUGCUGUAUUUAUGGAGUUUAAAGAUCAAUCAUCCUAAAACAUUGUUUCUGCUUCGAGGAAAUCAUGAAUGCAGGCAUCUUACAGAAUAUUUUACCUUCAAACAGGAAUGUCGAAUCAAAUACUCUGAACAGGUGUAUGAUGCGUGUAUGGAAACAUUUGACUGUCUUCCUCUUGCUGCCCUCUUAAACCAGCAGUUUCUUUGUGUACAUGGAGGAAUGUCACCUGAAAUUACUUGUUUAGAUGACAUUCGGAAAUUAGACAGGUUUAAAGAACCUCCAGCCUUUGGGCCAGUGUGUGACCUGCUUUGGUCUGAUCCCUCCGAGGAUUACGGCAGUGAAAAGACCUUGGAACACUAUACCCACAACACUGUCCGAGGGUGCUCUUAUUUUUACAGUUACCCUGCAGUUUGUGAAUUUCUGCAGAACAAUAAUUUGCUCUCAAUAAUCAGAGCCCAUGAAGCCCAAGAUGCCGGGUACCGAAUGUAUAGGAAGAGCCAAACAACGGGCUUUCCAUCGCUCAUUACGAUUUUCUCUGCACCCAAUUACCUCGAUGUCUAUAACAACAAAGCUGCUGUGUUAAAAUACGAAAACAACGUCAUGAAUAUCAGGCAGUUUAACUGUUCUCCACACCCUUACUGGCUUCCAAACUUCAUGGAUGUUUUCACGUGGUCUUUGCCUUUUGUUGGGGAAAAAGUCACGGAGAUGCUGGUUAACAUUCUCAACAUAUGCUCUGAUGAUGAAUUGAUUUCCGAUGAUGAACUUGAAGGAGGCACUACAGUUCGCAAGGAGAUCAUCAAAAAUAAAAUCAGAGCUAUUGGGAAGAUGGCACGGGUCUUUUCAAUUCUUCGGGAAGAGAGUGAGAGCGUGCUAACUCUCAAGGGCCUGACUCCUACGGGGACACUCCCUUUGGGUGUCCUCUCAGGAGGAAAGCAGACCAUUGAGACAGCCACAGUAGAAGCGGUAGAGGCUCGGGAAGCCAUCAGAGGGUUUUCGCUUCAGCACAGGAUCCGGAGUUUUGAAGAAGCCCGAGGUCUGGACCGAAUUAAUGAGCGGAUGCCACCCCGCAAAGAUAGCCAGUACUUUGAUGGGCCGGUGAAACUGGUCCAAGCCAACGCUACGCACAGGAGCGACAAGGGAAGAAGAGCCAGUAAUGACUCAGAGUCCUGCAGUGGCACUGGUGGAUCCAAGACCUAA